AUGUUAGGACGUCGUCUCAAGUAUGGUUCCUUCAAGCGGGUACUAAUUACGCUAUUACUAGUUUUUUCAAUUUAUUUAUGUGCAAAUCACGUUGCCAAAAAGAAAGAACAACCUCGAAGUCCGGCUGCAGAAAAACAAAAUAUUAUACGUGAAACUUUUCAAAAAAGUUGGUCCGAUUAUGAAACUUUUGGAUGGGGAUAUGAUGAAUAUUAUCCCAUCAAGAAAACAGGAAGGAAUUACCUUGAAAAAGGCAUCGGUUGGAUGAUUAUUGAUGCCUUGGACACCAUGAUGAUUAUGGGAUUAGACGAUCAGAAAGAGCGUGCUCGUGAGUGGAUCAAGUCUUCACUUACAUGGGAUCAAGGUGAUGAGGAAAUGAACGUGUUUGAAACUACAAUACGAAUGCUUGGUGGCUUGCUAUCUGCUCAUCAUCUUUCAAAGGAUCCUUUAUAUUUAGAAAAGGCUGUUGAUUUGGGUGACCGAUUGCUCUGUGCUUAUAAUACGACAACCGGUAUUCCUCGUGCAAAUUUGAAUCUUCAAACUCGAAGUUCGAGAAAACGAACUAGAAACUACAUGGUUAGCACUUCUGAAUGUGGUACUGUUCAGAUGGAGUUACGCUAUCUGUCUUACUUAACAGGCGAUCGCAGGUAUUGGGACGCUGCUGACCAAGUUACUACUAUGUUACUAAAUGAUCCCAGCUGGUCGCAUAUUGGACUGGUCCCCAUCAGUUUUAACUUGGAGACAGGCAAGUAUAUUGGUGCCAACAUUCGACUUGGCUCGCAUGGUGACUCAUAUUAUGAGUAUCUUUUGAAACAAAGCCUUCAACUGAAGGAUCAAGUGCCCAUAUAUCGGGAGGCUUACAAUAUAGCUGUAGAGGGAAUUAUGAAACAUCUCGUCAAUCGCACGACCCACGAAGAGUAUACCUAUAUAGCUGAAUUACCGAAAGGGCUAAAUAAGAAACAACAUCCAAAAAUGGACCAUCUGGUAUGCUUCCUAUCCGGUACACUCAUGUGGGGUGCCACAAAUGGUACAAGCCUUAAUGUUGCAAGAGAAAGUCCUCAGUGGAGCGAGCAUCAGGAUGAAGUUGUGAAACUGUCAGAAGAGCUUUGUAGAACUUGCUAUGAAAUGUACAGAUCUACGGCUACUGGUUUAGCUCCAGAGAUUGUAUAUUUUUCUACGGAUACAAAGACUCAUGAAAAGAAUAAUGAAAAGGACAGUGAAAUGUAUACUUUCAGUCAAGACCGACACAAUCUCAUGCGACCUGAAACUGUUGAAAGUCUUUUUAUAUUAUACAGGAUCACUGGUAAAGAAAUUUACAGAGAAUGGGGAUGGAAUAUUUUCCAGGCCUUUAUGAAGCAUUCUCGAUUACCAGGAAGAGACGCUUUUACUUGCUUAAACAACGUCGAGACUACCGGCAUAACUAAUCAUAAAGAUAGAACUGAAUCUUUUUGGUUUGCCGAAACAUUAAAAUACCUAUACCUACUAUUUGAAGAUGAUCCCUCUGUCCUUGCCCUAACCGAAUAUACAUUCAAUACAGAAGCUCAUCCCUUUCCGAAUAUUUCUCCUUAUGAAAAAUCCAAGUAA